AUGCCUCCCCUGACAGUAGAGUAUGUCAAGCAUGCGACGGGAGAGUUUGAUGAGGAGAGUGUCUUCCAGGCAAUCCUCCCCAACCGCUCGCUGGCAGCAAAAAGGGAUGUCUCAGCUGGCUGCAACCUGCGAUGGCUGGAUUUGUCGAAGAACCAGAUAGUCCGCAUGGAGAACCUGGACGGCUUAAGCCAGCUUGUAUCAGUAGAUCUGUCCUUCAACAAGAUCUUGAAGGUCCAGGACCUGAGCGGCGCUCCAAAGCUUGAGCGAUUGAUGCUGAAGGCGAACCCCAUCUCCAAAAUUCAGGACUUGGAAGGUCUGAAAGCAUCACGCUCUUUGCGCCACCUGUCCUUCCAGAAUGUGGACAACUCAGACGCAUGUCCAGUCUGCACGCAGCCAGAGUAUGCCAAGAGCUUGCGCUCUCUGUGCCCUGAGCUGUUGGCCCUUGACUCAAAGCGACUACGCUUGCCGGACCUGGAUCGUGAGAUUCGGCGACUGGAUGAUCAAAACACCGUGGACAUCCCAGAGCCACAGCCAUGGUUCUCUUCCGAAGACCUGGAUCUGGGGGAGAUGCAGACUGUUGAGGUCAUCGAAGAGGCGCUGAAAGAUCGAAUAAAGGAGUUCGAGGCAGCCAUGGCCGACUGCAAGCACGUCUUCAAAGAGGAGCGUCUCUGUCUCUCCCUUUGUCACCACGUUGGCAGCAGCAUGACAGAUCAGAAUGAAUGCUGCGGUAGGAUGCCAUUAUGUUCAGUCUUGUCUUGCUGUGGCUUGUCGUAG